AGCGCGUGAGUGUAGCAUCUACCAGGGGAACGAGUGGUACUCAAAUCAAUGUAUCACAGAAAACAUGUUUUGUCACCUCCCACGUCAACACCGUCCUUCUUCUUGUACCCAUGUUAUGUUAUGUUAUGUACUGCAAAUGCAAAGCAAACAUCUUUCUUCUCUCUAUCUUUUAUAACUUCCAUCCUCAAUUUGUUCAUCAAAAACUCUUAUCACAACAAAGACUCUCUAUUGCAUUUCCAGAAGCAAUUUUACCUCCAUUCCCAAACACACCCUUCUCCCAAAAACUCUCCCUUUCUCCAAAGCCACCGUCUUUCCCUGCGUUCAAUCGUUUAUCUUUCUCUGAACUCUGAAAAUUUUAUACCCUUAUGGAAAAGGAACCUCUGCUUCCAUAUUUCAGCCCCAGAAAGAAGCCCCUGGCAUUGUCACCGCUAUGUCCCUUGCCAGAGCACGAGGACAUGGUUCUUCCAAUGACCCCAAUGGAAUUCAAGGACCGUCUCAUCUUUGGUCCUGCUUGUGCUACCCCAAGGGACCCUUCACCUUUGGCCGAUGCCUUAAUACUCCCCCUCAAUUCCCCAAAAUGUUCCUCUUCUACCUCGCAGGACUGUGCAUCGCCAUCACGGUUUGAUUCCCAGUCCCAACAACCAUCCUCUUGGCUCCUUGACCCCAAUUAUUCCUGGCGGAAAACAAACCUUCAUCGCUCCAAAACCGCGCCGGCCAUGGCGGUGAUCAGCGAUUUCAACCCCCAAUCCUCUGUGCCAAGGCCGAAAUUUGGCAGCCAGAGUAUUGUUCGCCAGGGUGUUAUUCUUCUUGCUCUUUAUUUGGCAUUAGGGGUUGUCAUUUAUUGGUUCAAUCGUCAUAAUUUUUCAGCUUCCGAGACUCAUCCUGUAGUCGAUGCAUUGUAUUUUUGUAUAGUCACAAUGUGCACAAUAGGAUAUGGUGACAUCACUCCGAAUAGCACAGCCACUAAACUUUUCUCUAUAUUGUUUGUGUUGGUGGGGUUUGGAUUUAUAGACAUAUUGCUGAGUGGGAUGGUUAGCUAUGUGCUUGAUUUGCAGGAGAAUCAUAUGUUGACGGCAGUGAAGGGGAGGAGGGGUGAGAAGGAUGGAAAGUCUUAUAUAAUUGAUGUGAAGAAAGGGAGGAUGAGGAUUCGAUUGAAGGUGGCGCUGGCGUUGGGAGUUGUGGUGAUUUGUAUUGGGGUAGGUGUGGCGGUUAUGCAUUUUGUUGAGAAGCUUGGUUGGUUGGACUCUUUUUAUCUUUCAGUUAUGUCGGUUACUACGGUUGGGUAUGGAGACCAUGCUUUCAAGACCAUGCAUGGCAGGAUCUUUGCUGCAAUUUGGUUGCUCGUGUCAACUCUUGCCGUGGCUCGAGCGUUCCUCUAUUUGGCUGAGGCAAGAGUGGAUAAGCGGCACAGGAUGAUGGCGAAGUGGAUUCUUGGUCAGGAUAUGACUGUUUCUGAGUUUCUUGCUGCAGACAUAGACAACAAUGGCUUUGUGAGUAAAUCAGAAUAUGUUAUAUACAAGCUGAAGGAGAUGGGAAAGGUAUCUGAGAAGGACGUCAUGCAGGUAAGUGAGAAGUUUGAUAGACUAGAUGCUGGCAAUUGCGGAAAAAUAACCCUUGCUGAUCUUAUGGAGCCUCAUAAUUGAUGAGCUCAGUGUGGAUAUUGAAGAGGGAAGUAGAGAAGGGAGUGUGAGAUUUUCAAGUUGAUGGGAACUUUCUUGUAUUGGGUGGUUGGGAGGGGAUAUCAGGUUUUCAAGAUGCAAGGUGGUGAUUUCCCGCUACCCUUUGUCAUGAUCAUUAACUCAUGACAUAUACCAUGGAGGCUGAUGAAUUUCUGGGUUCUUUUGCCUCAGUUUCACAAAUUAUUUAGUGGGUGGUAAGGUGCUAACCUUGCCAAAAUUCGGGUAUAACCAAUCACAGAUGGUCACAUUGAUGAGAUGGCUUGGGAUAACGGAAGGGAUCAUUUUGAUUGGUUUAAAGUAUUAAUCUGUACAUAAUUUUUUUGAGAAUGAAUUUCAUUGAUUCUUUAGCUAUCUGCUCUGGGUUAGUCAUCUCUUGAUUAUUUGCACAAUCUAUUUAGAACUUCUUGGUGAGUUUCAUGUAUUAUUUUUGCCAAGAUGAUUCGAUUAGCUCGGUGUAAUAAAAUAUGUGUAAUAUUUAAGUUCUUUAUUACACAUAAUUAUAUUCAUGUAUGUCAUUGGACAUUUAGAUGUUGCA